CGACGCCUUCUUUAUCCCAAGGAGCGCCUUAAACUGAUGUCUUAGCCUGGCGCCUUCACUUCUUCGGCAUCAUCCGUGGCGUAAGGAUACAGUGUUUAGUCCUGCGCUGUUCCACCGACAUCCUUUGGACUUGGGAUAUAUUUCAGUGCAACGCUCCUUGGUGAUACAGACAUUAGACUUGGAUGUCUUAACUAUAAGUGUUACUAUUUUUUUACUUUUUAUUUUCGGACUUUUGGGAUUCUAUCGAGUGAUGUGCGGGACUGUUUAGUGGGUUUAAAUGUAAAAAAUAAGAUGGAUUAUUUCGAUUGGGUCUGAAGGCCAAGUAAAUGGAAUCGCAUCUAUCACCCCCUUUUAUUUAAACAGUAUCGACAUGGGCGACUAUUCUUAAAGUGGGGACGCUGAUCUGGAGGGGGACCUGCACGACCAAUAACGCUCCAACUUAUGAUGUCAUCGGAGGAGGAGACAGAGUUCGGUUUGUAUACAGAUAAGCUCCUGAAGAAAUCCAAAAGAACUAGACAGCGUGUGGACGCCGGCGAGCCGCGUAACUCCUACUCGUCGAUUCCGAAUUUCAGUUCGCGACCGGCUUUUCUCGGCGGCGGUAAUAAUUUGUACGGCGCCAUUUUCACCCAACAGCAACAGUUCGGUCUGUUCGGGCCGGGGUUCGCGCCCGCGAAAAUGUUGAACGAACUUCUCGGUCGGCAGAAGCUCGAUAGCGCCGGCGAAGGCGAAGACGCGAAAUACGACAACGUGAUACGGUGCGAUAACAGCCCUCCGAGCGGCGAGCAGCUCGCUCAUCACAUGCUGCGGGAUAUUCUGCAAGGGAGGAAACACGAACUGAUGGCACUUGAGCAAGACAUGCGCAAUGGGCAAGACCACAUCAUGAACAACAACAACAACGAACCAAAGACGAGUCCGGAGAGGAACGAUGUCGAUUCGAAAGAGUGCAUAGGCGAUUCGAACGAGAAACAACAGGAUUUGAUGGAGGAAACUCUGAACGGUAUGGAAACGGAAUCCUUGCCGUCGCCGAAAGUGGAACCUUCUAGUCCGGCGAAACCGGAGGACGCGAAGAAAGCCAGAGUGGAAAAUAUCGUGACAAGUAUGCGAUCUAGUCCGGCACCGCCGCAAGUGAACGGUUGUAAAAAACGAAAACUUUAUCAACCACAACAGCACGACAGCAACGCCGAAAGAUACAUGGACGACGACGAGGAAGAAAUAGAACCAAUUAGACAGAAACGAGUCGAAAAGAACAUUCUAAAAUCCCAAUUGAGAUCGAUGCAAGAACAAUUAGCGGAAAUGCAACAGAAAUACAUGGCGUUAUGCAAUCGAGUCGAACAAGGUUCCGAAGAAAGUCAAGAAAUCGAAGAGAUACCCAGUGAUAGUGAACACAGCAAACGAUCGGUAUCCCCUUUGCCGAUAACCACGAAUACGUCUACACCAGUGCAACAACAACCCACGUUAGCGCAAGAGGUGAGCAAAUUGAAAAUCAGCCAUCCGGGUCCGCCGUUUCACAACGGUUUUUUACACAAUCCUCAUCAGCACAUGAGCAACGCGGCCGCGAUGUACCUAGGCGUUAGCCAUAAAUUAUUCAUGGAACAAGAAGCCAGACUAGCCAAAGAAGCAGCGGCCGCCAACGCGGCCAGCAAUGAAUCACAUCAGCAAAUACAAUCAUCCCAACAUCAGAGCACCCCGAAAUCCGAGCAUCAUAUCCAGGAACGACUGAGCAUCAUUAAGAAUCUGAAUCCGAACGGCGGUACGGACUUGGAGGGCCUCGCCGACGCUCUAAAGAGCGAAAUAACCGCCUCGUUGUCGAAUCUCAUCGACUCGAUACUGCACCGGUUCGUCCACCAGAAACGGUGCAAGCAACAAGACGCAGCCACGGCGGCCGAACAACUCAAUAAAGACCUAUUGAUGGCGUCGCAGUUAUUAGAUAGAAAAUCACCGAGGACCAAGGUGGCGGAACGACCGCAAGCUCCUCCGCCUCCGCCCAAUCAUCAAAAUCAAAUGGUAAAUGGAAACGUGGGUUGUCCGACGAUGAUGCCCGUUCAUAAUAUUCAUAAUAACAUGCAAAAACCCUCUGAUCUUCACAUACGACCUCCGAUGUUUCAGCAUCCAAAACCUCCAGGUAUUAGCGCACCUUUGUACGGCAUGAAUUCGCCCUUUUGCGUCGCCAAGCAGGAAACCCCCGAGCAAAACGAAGCGCUCAGUCUCGUCGUCGGGCCGAAGAAGAAACGUCACAAAGUCACCGAUACGCGAAUCACGCCGAGAACGGUCAGCAGGAUCCUGGGCCAGGACGGCAUGGGCAUGCCGCCCUCCUCCAUGGAGCCGAAUACCUGCCCCUCGCCCAGGCCGCCCCCAUAUCACCAGCCGCCGCCGAUGUUGCCCGUCUCCCUGCCGACCUCGGUGGCGAUUCCCAAUCCCGGCCUCCACGAAUCUCAGGUUUUUUCGCCCUACAGCCCCUUCUUUCAUGGACCAAGUCACGGGCACCACAUGGCGAUGCAGGCUUCCUCCUCUCCGCCCCGAAUGCACAAGAUCGAGCGAGAAUCACCGCCCGUACAUCAUCCCCCCACACUCCUCCAUCCCGCUUUACUGGCAGCCGCCCAGCACGGGGCAUCCCCGGACUAUGGGCACAUGAGAGGGCCCUCCAACGGCAUGAAAAUGGACAACGGUGAUAGAAACUCAGACUGCAACUCAGGGGACAUUUCUUAUGACGGAAUGCAGCCUACUAUAUCCUUUUUAUGCAAAGAUUUUGGUCAAAAUCUUAGUGCGCAUCAUAACGGUAUUUCCUUAACUCCUGAGCACUCGUCAACAUUAACACCGAUGCACCUCAGGAAAGCGAAGCUGAUGUUCUUCUGGGUGAGGUAUCCGAGCUCGGCCGUACUCAAAAUGUAUUUCCCGGACAUCAAAUUCAAUAAAAACAACACUGCCCAGUUAGUGAAGUGGUUCUCGAAUUUCAGGGAGUUUUACUACAUUCAAAUGGAGAAGUACGCGAGGCAGGCCGUCUCCGAAGGAGUUAAGAACGCUGACGAUCUGCACGUUAGCGGCGAUUCGGAACUCUACAGGGUGCUCAAUUUGCACUACAAUAGAAAUAAUCACAUCGAGGUAUGCGGCCCACAGGUUCCUACAAACUUCAGGUUCGUCGUGGAGCAAACCCUCCGGGAGUUCUUCAAGGCGAUCCAGGAGGGUCGAGACGCCGAACAAUCCUGGAAGAAAUCCAUAUACAAAAUAAUUUCGAGGCUAGACGAUCCGGUUCCGGAGUAUUUUAAAUCUCCCAAUUUCCUCGAACAACUCGAGUGACGGGUUAGUGAUAUGCGAUCGAAGGGGGCGCCGAAAGGUGCCGCCUGUUAGCGGUCCUCAACACCAAAGGGAAUCGGUGACGUAUCUCACAAACUGUCAACAGUUUUCGUUGUUUUUAUUGGUUUUUGAAGACGUCGAAGUUCGAGAGAACCUUGCCAUCUUUGAACGCAUCCGAACAUUUGUUGAUAUAGUUGUGUUAAGUUGGCAGCGAAGACUUAAUAAUUAUAUAUGGGUUCGUUAAUUGCGAACGAUGAAUACAAAUCAAUCAAUUCUACAGUGAUUUACCUGAAUAUUUACCGGAUAAAUAUUAUUAAAGUCAAGUCUUAAGUUUCUACAAACCAGCAGUUAGCAAAGUUUAAAAUCUGCAUCAAUACUUUCGUUGAAAUUUCCUUUGGGCACGAACUUAUUUCCGACCACUGUAAACUGUAAAUCUGUUUUGUACAUAGAAACAAAAAUGUAUAUAGUAUUUAUCGCUUAUUUUUAUUUAUAAUUAUUAAUUAUUAAUUACAUUCCUAACCAAAGUUAUAUUUUUGCUAGUCGUUUCUAGAUUUUAUCUUUUAUUUUAUUCGACAUUGUGCACCGGGACUUUUGUACAAUUUUUCUCACACAUAUAUAUUUAAUUCUCGGUGCACAGCGUCGAUUGAUUAAAUAUUAUUUUAGUACAAUUUUAUUUCUUCCUGUAUAAAAUACAGGGCGGUAUAAAAUUAUUCAUUUUAUUGGGUAGAUAUGCCUAAUUUAUAGCACUUGAGCCUUCAGGAGACUACUGCAUAUGAAGAAAUGCAAAACCGACUGACUCGUAUAAACACUUUAACAUUAUGAAGCUCGAUUAAAGAAGUUUAUCUCAAUAAUAUUUUGGACUAAAAAUUAUUUAGUUUAAAUGAAACGUUUUAAAAUAAAACUUUUUCGUUUGAACUUAAUAAUCGCCAACAUUACCUUCGCAUCGAUUAGUUUCUGAAGGCUCAAAUAUCUUUAGUUCGUCUCCAUUUUCACUUCGAAAUUUUGUUUAUUUGUAUGAUUUUUUUACUGUUUUAUUUAGACUAGUUGCUCGUUUUUAUUUUUAUUUAGCAGCAUAUUUACCUGAUAAUUUUUAUGAUUUAAUCUUAAGUUACACGCGCACAAAUCACUAGUGUAAUAAUACACGAUCUCUUUAACACUGUGUGAGGCAACUAGUCAUGUAUUAAUGUGAAAUAUAUUUUAGUUUGGAUUAUUUUUCGCUCGUUUUUUUUUAUUUUCGCUUUGAUUUUUCGUUCGAUUUAGCUCCAUUGGCAGUUCUCAGGUUUACAGUGGAGGUAAAAAUAAUUUAGGGCCGAAGUAAAAAUCGCAAAAUGAAAUUUGUAUAUAAAAAUUUAGACGUAUUCCUUCUCAUCCCACAAUAGUUACAGUCACAUCAUUAAAAGAAAUCAAACAAUAUGGUCCCGAGAAAAAUUAUCUUAGUCUACAACUAGACUAAGGAAUUGUGAUUUUGCUGUUCCUAAAGUUAUAUAUUCGAAACUGCCGAAAUUCGAAAGACUGCCAUUCAAUUACGAUUAAUUUCGAAUUUUGUUGGAUUUAAUGAAUUUAGUUUCGUUUCAAAAUUGAUCGUUUGGGUAUUAUUAGAAAAGUCUUUGGUUGUAUUUGCGUUGAACUCGGGACCUAAAACAGGUACAUUACAUUAAUUAAUGACGUUUUUUAAAAAAUUAAUAUAAGAUAGUUAUUUAUUAGAAUUAAAAAAAAAGUAUUUAACGUUGUCGAUUGUAAAGUACCCCAAUAAUGCGGGCAGUUCCCAAACUCUAAAACACCUGGUUCUUCAAAUCAAAACUGUAAUUAAAUUUUUAUUAUGUCGAUAUACUGAAGAAAUUAAUUAAUUAACGAGAUAUAAUUUACUGUAUAAUACAUUAUCUAACCACAACUUCAGCAGAUGUAAAAUAAAAUGAAGUUAUCGUUUAGUUCUUCAUUAUCUUCUUCUUAAGCUAUACAAAAGUCUAUAGAAAACAAUGUCUGAAUUGUAUGCGAUUCUUCAGUUAAUCGACGACAACUCUAUAAUAUACAUAAAUGUAAAUAAGCUUAUCUCCAUUCAAUAGAUGUAAAACGGGUAGUAUGUGCACAUAUAUUCGGUGUUAAUUUCUGAAAUAAGAUAAGAAAUAGCGAACCAGGUUAAAAAUUCUAAGUACAAAAGUUUGCGAACUGGCAGCGUGUAACAAUGGGAUCAUGAAGAGAAUACCCAAGUGCUUUAUUUUUAAAUGUUGUUUAGAAUAAAAUCCUGCAGAUUUUCACUUGGCUAUGGACUGGCGUAUUGAUAAGUAAGAAGCAGGCGUUUUGUAUGUAAGAUCGGAUUAUUGUUUGGAUGAUAACUUGGUGUCUCGUUAGAAAUGAUCAGUCAGGUUAAAUUUAUUUGAAAAAUAUAACGAUUUGCUUGAGUUCUAUAAGUUAUUAUGCAGGAAUUUGAUUUGGUGUUAAUUCUGGUGAUUUUAAUUCAGCAAACAAUAUUAGUGUCUUAAACUUUAUAAAUGAGUGAAUUUGAAAAAUAUGAAUUUAUUCUACAAUAAAGUUUAAAAUAACUUAGAUGUUUGAAUGCAAUUUUUAAUACCUCAUCACACGAUAUAUAGAACAUAAAAUACAUGAUUAUUUUAAAAAUAAAAUACAAUAGAGAAUUUUCAUAGACUUGGUUUUUUUCACACGAAUUUGACUUGACUGAAUCGUGCUUCUUGUUUAUAAUUAUGUUAGUCCGUGAACUUGACAACUAAGACCUCAAAAAGUUACUGUUGGUUUUAACAAUUCACCCAACUUUAACUUCUCACAGAUAUAACCGACGAUUUUGACGAUAUCAUCAAUGCGAGAAACUUUGUCCGUGCGUCUACGAUCGAUUCCGCAUUUCCAACAGCAGAAUGAAAGGUGCGAUUUUUGGGGAAUUUUUCAUUAUUAUGGAAAUACGCUACAAUUUUUCAUUACCAGAAGAAUUAAGAGGGUUUCAUUCUGACUCUACACAUCCGUAAAUUUCCCAUAAUUGUACGCAAUAAAAUUACAGUAAAAGUGAAUUACAGUUAAGUCGAUAUUUUCAUAAUAGUAAUAAUUCGUCGAACAGCGCCUUUUAUCGUUAAUAUUUCUGUCUAUUUGAGGGAAUGCCGGAGUUUCGAAGCGUAUUUUAAAAUAGUAGCGCACGUGCCGAUAAGUCUCUCGCCUCAAUUCGCUGUAGCCGAAAAGCGGAAGUAGGCUAUUGUUCGAAUUGUUGAAGACAAAUCCAACAGAUGAAUUCAGAAAAGACCUGGAAAAGGUCCCGGAGGAAUUACAUUGCUUUCUGGAUGAGACUGUAAAAGUAAUUUUUGAGGUCGAUCCAAAACCCGAUUUGCUGUCGGGUCGUAGUGUAGAUUCCCUUCUGUAGGUAGGAUUCCCCAAAACCCCCUGCGUAUUUUAACCUAUGAGUUAUUGGUUUUUGAUUGCUGAACGGGACGUUUUCAUUUCCAGUGGAUUUUCGGCGGGAUCGUUCCUUAUUAGUGAGACUAGAAUCAAACUUUUAGAUUAGUGUUGAGGGAUUGAGAUAUUUUAUCGUUUUGGAAAAAUAAAUUAUGUCUAAAUUGUUGCAAUGGCAAAAUUCCUAUUAUAAGCAAAUAGAAAUCUCGCGAAAAUUACUGGAAAGGGAAAAUGUCAAUUCAGCGAUUCGUCCUAAGUAAUAUUUUUGCAACUUUUUGGCAGUUUUUACGUGUUCGUUUAAUCGAGGUACUUCAAACUAUCCGCACCGAAACGUCCAAAGGUGUAGUGAUUAUCCAAUUUUUCGUUCAUAAUCACCCAUUCCGAUCAAUUGAUCCGUUUCAAAUACGAUGUAAUCCAAUCGUUACCAAUUAGAUUGCAAGUAUAGGACCUACUAGAAAGAAACUUUGAGGUUUAUUCAAAAACUAACAUAUCAGUAAUCAUGUUCAUCACUGCAAUGCUAAUAAAUAGUUCUGAAUUUCCUGAACAAAUUCAAGUACUCACACACUUUUUUAAUACACACCACAGGCGUUAUCAUCAACCAAAUGCGGUAGCCAAAUACUCGUAUUUACUGGUUUGUUAGUUCAUCGACGAAGGUCUCUAAAAUUUGAAGUACCUUUACGAUUUUUUCGUUUUGCAUUGUUUGGUUUCAAUGCACACACAUUUGGCGACAUCUUUGGCAAUAAGCGGCUUCUAUAGCAUGCUGAAAAGCUUCCGUAUAUAUUCCAGCAAAAUAUCCGCCAGCAGGAGAUUAAUAUAAUUUUAUUUUUACUUACCACAACAUAGUUUCGGCUAUUCGAAAUUACAAUUGAUGUUAAUUUAAUACACGGAUGCAUGUUUUUCCAUAUACCUAAAUUGUACGAAUACAAUGGCUUUUGUUGGAAUAUAAAGCUGCGGUAUGCGUGUGGAGGUUGACCACAUUUAUCAUUUAGUUACAGGAGGUACUUAUACUUUACAGAUUUAACACUGUUCGGGAAAACAUUUAGGUCACCGGUUCAAAAAUGAUACUUGAAAAAAAUAUCACGAAAAAAGUACAAGCUUAUUUUAAGCACCUCUGCGCCUUAAAAUUAAAUUUCGAAGCAAAAAUGAUAUGAGUGUGUAUAACCAAAAUCUGCCUUAUUCUAUUUUCUUAUGACGAAAAUCUCCUACCGUUAUAGCGCUAUUAUUUGCUAGUGUAUAUCGUUCUUUACCACUGACACAGACGAUUUUUAACCGUUUCUCCAUAAAAUUAAUUAUCAACUAUUCUAGUCCAAUAUGUAAUACAUAGAAUUUUGUGUGGAUUGUAGUAUACAUGUACAAUUGUUGGUAAAAUACCCGGGUGUCUUCUUUGACUUCACCUCGGUUCGUAAUAUUUUCACAUGAACUAUCGUUUCCUUUAUCAUUCGCAUUAUUUUACAGGGUAGUCCACUAGUCAUUCGAUUUUUCUGUUCGUAAAUAGCACUGGUUUUGCCCGAAAACGAAUCUAUUAACACCAAAAAUUCCAUUAUAUUUUCCACAAAUAUUUCUAUCACCUCAUUAAGCUCAUUAUUACUUAAAAAUUCACACUAAUGCAUACUGCGUUCACCUACUGGGCUUAUUUAUUGCAAUGGUUUUAAUUUCACAGAUAACAAUAGUUCGAAAGUUUAUACAAACUUUAGAAUUUAACUCUAUAAGAAACGUUUGUGGUAAAAUACGUGAAUAAAUAAUAGAAGUUUGGUGUUAAUUAAUUCGUCAAGAGUAUGCAGAAUUCCAACAACGCAUUCGGUACACUCACCCCGUAUUAAAUAAAACAGACGUUAAGGUCAGAAAGUACCGAUCGUUGUAGUACUCAAUACAUCCUAAACCAAGUUGGGUAAAAUUUCAAUCAAUUUAUUAAUUAUUUCCAAUAAAUCCACUCGAUUAAUUAUCACAAACGUGAUGGCUACUGAGAAUCUAAAAAGUACAGUAUAGAAACAAGCCGAUCAAUAUGAAAUAUUUAAUAAUUUUGAUUGAAAUUUUAACCGACAAAUGAUACUGUACAGUAUGUAACGAUAACAAUUUGUUUUGUUAGUAGCAAAAUAGUUGCGUUGUGGCGGUGCAGGACCUCGCAGGAGCUCUCAAAUCUGAAAUAGCCAUUAAAUAAAAGUCACACUAAAUCUGAUGCAAUAGCAAUGAAGGCAACCAACCGAAACUUCUGCAGUUAGUCGAAAUUUUCGUGUACCGGUAAUAAUUCAUACUCAUUCAAAAUUUCACUGGGCCAAUUCGUCCGUCAAAAAAGUGCCUUCAAAGUUGUUUUUACGAAAAAAAAAAAAAUUACAAAUUAAGGGCCCUAAAUAGACACAACGCCCAACCAAAGCUCCUUCGAGGUCCUCGACUGCCUGCUGUCGUUCUGAUUCGUUCAACCAAGAGACACUCGGUUACAUAACAUAAGAUUAUUUCUUAAAUAUUAUAUUGUUACGCUAAGAUGGCCGCCAUGGGUGUUUUUGUCCACCCAGGCUAUACUAUUUGUGGUAUAUAGUAACUUUGAUUAGAAAGUAGAUAAUAAACAUAACAGAUUCAAUGGUUUCAGUUACCCAUGUUAUAAACACAGGUUACGUUUAGCUGUUAUUGUUAUUUGUUAAGGCAUUUACAACAGGAGCUCCCUCUGAGUCAAUUGAGGAAACUAUCCGUUUUUGCAGCAGCAAUUUAUAACCAAUUAAACCAAUCGACAAUGAGCUACUUUUCAUAUUGAAAAUAUUUUGGCCAAUUACUAUUGGAAGAUAAACGAGAUGGAAAAAUUUGAAGAAAAUAAAAUUACGUCGGAUUUUUAAAUUGUAUACUCGAGCUUAUUGUUGAGGGGUUUAACAGUAGGUAACCUAUAGAUACACUGUAAAUAUUUACACCUCACACAUUUUGUACAAUACAAUGCAUUCACACAUACUCAACUGAUUGUAAAAUUCAAAAUUCUCGCAGUUAUUCACCAAAUAGUUUCCGAAGGCGUGCAAUAUAACCAGAGAUCGCCCUUGUUGUAACAUGUUAUCCAUCUAUUAAGUUUAAUUUUGUCACCAGAUGACUCUUUCGGUCUUCCUCAUGUAAACUCGACAACGACGUUUUUCAAGUGACAAUCGUCAUGCGUAUGAAAAGCCACUAAAUUAUGUCAAAAUUUUGGCUUCUAAAUUUCCGGAAAUGCAGCUGCACCAGUUGCAUGGAUAUUUCAAAUUGAAUUUACCACUCAUUUGGCAAUGGUUCACAAAUAUUUUUCGAUUAAAAUUUACACAUAACUCGAACUGUUCGAAAUUUCCCGCCCGAUUUUUCGGCUUGUUCCACGGAGAAGUAAUUUCAUUGCACAUUUUCCCAAUUCAAAAAAAUACAGAUACAACACAGCCGGAUUUUAUUUUAAUUUAAUUUUUGUACAGGGUAUCUCAACAUACUGUUCUAUUACAAAAUUAUGUAGUAACAUAAGAUACCCUGUUCGUUCAAAUUUUUUCAUAAACUUUGAUGCAAUGAAAUAUUCUUCAAUUAAUCGAGAACUUUACUAUCGAUUAUGAGGUAUUGCCUAAAUAAAAAUUUCGGACAAUAGGUGUGCCCAUUUCGAUAAGUAUAAAAAGGAAAAGUGGAAAAUUGGGUGUCGACUAUCGAGUUAUUAAACGUAGAAAGGUCGUGGCAAAGUUGUCGGGAUUAAGUCAUUGUCACUGGUGUUAACGCCACGAGGCUCCUAUAUCGUAGAAAAUAAGAAAAUGCGUCGAUAGAAUCGAAUAAGAAUGUAUAUUUAGUACAAAAAAAGCGAGAUAGCUCAAAAUUAUUAAAAUCCUCGUCACCGUUCUUCCACACCGAAAAGUUUAUAUGUGUAAAAAUUUAAGAGUAUUUUUAUAUUUAUAUUGGUGUAAAUCAAAAUUUGGUAUUGACAAAAUUAUUGUAGAAAUUUUAGGUUGAUACAUUUAAUAAAAAAUAAGCUUUAGGAAUUUUU